CUUCAGAGUGCAGACUCCAGUUUCUGGCGGGCUGUUAAGUGCUGAACCCCAGAGCUUCCACAUCCGGACGCUGGAAGCAGGGCACAGGCUCCUCUCCCAUGUCCCCGCCUGGUCGCCAGGGGUCAGGCUUCCCCAGAGUCCCGGAAGUCCAGUCCUGAGGAUACCGCGAGUGAAUCCCGAGAUCCAAAAUGUUCCCUGUUUCUCAGAGGGACUCUAUUGCACCUACUACCUCUUCAAGCUCAGCCUCUAGUCAGGACAUGGAAAGUGGCUGUGAGGAUGGUCUGCAAGGAGAAUGCCUCAGAAAAACAGACCAGAAGCAGCCCAAACUCUAUGGAGUGGGUGACCCCACGGCCAUGUUCACCUCUGACAGCUCCUGCCUGUCCUCUAGAGGAAGAGUCAUCAAAUGGUUCUGGGACUCUGCUGAGGAGGGCUACAGGACCUACCACAUGGAUGAGUAUGACGAGGACAAGAACCCCAGUGGCAUCAUUAACCUGGGCACCAGUGAGAACAAACUCUGCUUUGAUCUUCUGUCCUGGCGGCUGACGCAGAAUGACAUGCUUCAUGUGGAACCAUCUCUGCUGCAGUACCCUGACUGGAGGGGACAUCUGUUCCUCCGGGAAGAAGUGGCAAGGUUCUUGUCUUUCUACUGUAAAAGCCCAGCACCCCUCAAACCAGAGAAUGUGGUUGUCCUGAAUGGCGGUGCCUCUCUCUUUUCCGCUCUGGCCACAGUGCUGUGUGAGGCAGGAGAUGCUUUCUUGAUCCCCACCCCUUACUAUGGAGCCAUCACACAGCAUGUCUAUCUCUAUGGCAACAUCCGACUGGCCUACGUCUACCUGGACAGCAAGGUAACUGGACUGAAUAAACGUCCCUUCCAGCUCACCGUUGAGAAGCUAGAGAUGGCCCUGCAAGGAGUUAAUUCUGAGGGUGUCAAGGUCAAAGGCCUCAUCCUCAUCAACCCCCAGAACCCUCUGGGUGACAUCUACUCCCCUGAAGAGCUGCAGGAGUUCCUGGGAUUUGCCAUGAGGCACAAGCUGCAUGUGAUCAUGGAUGAGGUUUACAUGCUGUCCGUGUUUGAAGAGUCUCUUGGGUACCGCAGUAUCCUGAGCCUGGAAAGGCUACCUGACCCCCAGAGGACACAUGUGAUGUGGGCCGCCAGCAAGGACUUCGGGAUGUCUGGGCUUCGCUUUGGCGUACUGUACACGGAAAACCAGCACGUGGCUACUGCCGUGGCCUCCCUCUGCCGCUAUCAUGGCCUCAGUGGCCUGGUCCAACACCAGAUGGCACGGCUGCUCCAGGACCAUGACUGGAUCAGCCAGGUGUACCUGCCAGAAAACCAUGCCCGGCUCAAAGCUGCCCACACCUAUGUCACAGAGGAGCUCAGAGCCCUGGGGAUCCCCUUCGUGAGCCGUGGUGCAGGCUUCUUCAUCUGGGUUGACCUGAGAAAGUACCUGCGCAAAGGCACCUUUGAGGAGGAGGCAUUGCUCUGGCGCCAGUUUUUGGACAACAAGGUGCUGCUGUCCUUCGGUAAGGCCUUCGAGUGCAAAGAACCCGGAUGGUUCCGUGUGGUCUUCUCAGAUAAGAAGAACCGGCUCUGUCUGGGGAUGCAAAGGAUUCAGCAGGUGCUUGACAGGCAAUCUCAAGAGGUCGAAGAUGCUUCUCUCUGUCACUCUCAGGAGCCAUGUAGCCAGCCCAGAUGAGCUGGUCAUUGCCUCUCAAGCAGCCACUGUCCCUGUCACCUGGCCAUGUAAGGCCACAGAAGACUGUGUGGACGCACCAUUUGUCGGUAGGAUUCCCGACUUGGCUUUGGCCUUGAAGAACUGUUUCCUGCCCUCGCUGCUGGCAGUGGAGAUUGUUUAAACUGAUACUCUUCCCCGGGCGGUUGCUGCCGCCUCUUCAGUGGGCUUGAGAUGAGCCGGAUGACUGUGUUGUGAACAGUGCACAAUGCGAGGAAUCGUGACUGCUCGUAAUCAGAGCUUCUUCCCACGCCACAAGAGUAAACAAGCAACUGUUCAUUCUCUGUAAUGCUGCCUUCCUGCCUCCUGUUGCCAGGGAAACAAGCCAGAGGAACAGUACCCCCCCCCCCCCACCACACUAACAUCAUAAAAAGGAAUCUCAUGUGCACUGUGCACUGCUUGUUUGUGGAUUGCCUUAUGCUAUUUCCUUGCUUGGUCUGUAGAUUGCCCAUUUUUCUGUUUUGUUGUUUCUCUGUCAUUGGUUAAUUUUUCUGCUUUUUUUAGAUUUUUUUAUUUCCUCUCCUCAUCUUGUACUCAUUUGUAACUUAUAUGCUCUAAUUUUCUCAUGGCUGUUCUCCUAGGAAUUAUAACAGUUACAAACAA